UGGUCUCGACUGCCCAAAGCAUGACUAAACGCCCGAUUAAGGGAAUGCUUACAGGACAUGUUACCAUUCUUAACUGGUCCUUUGUCAGAAAUGAUCAACCCAGAUUCGAGACCUGCUACCAGAUUGCCUCGGCCAUAAAGGAUGAGGUUGAGGAUCUUGAGAAGGCUGGUAUCAAUGUUAUCCAAAUCGACGAAGCUGCUUUGAGAGAAGGGCUGUCUCUUAGGAAGUCCGAGCACGCCUUCUACUUGAAAUGGGUCGUUCACUCCUUCAGGAUCACCAACUGCGGCGUCCAGGACACUACCCAGAACGAGUAA